ACGAAAAGGGAACAGGUGGCUGUCAAAAUCCGAUUAGGAGAUCAAUCUUUUUAACUUUUUACUUUACAUUAUUUCUUCAUACUUUGUGCAGUAGAUCAAACAGUGAUUUCAAUUCCAUCAUGUUUGUCAAAAGAAACACCUGUUUGCUUGUGUUUCUGUUGUGCUCCCUGACCUUGUGGUGCAAGUCGACCAGCGCAGGCUCCAGCUUCCUCAGCCCGUCACAGAAACCUCAGAACAAGGGAAAACCGCCCAGAGUCGGCCGCCAAGUCAUGGAAGAGCCUAUUCAGCCUGCUGUGGACAACCACCUCACAAUAAGGCCCCUCUUUGAUAUUGGCUUCACUGUGAGAGAGGAGGACUUUGAGCAGUACGGUGUAGUUCUGCAGAUCAUUCGGCGCCUUCUGGGAAGCACAGAGGCUCCAACAGAGAGCCAAUCACAACUUUGAAGAUCAUGGAAAAGAAUGUGAAUGUUGCUGUCUCAAUGCCUUCCCAUUUACUCUUCAAUUAGUAGUAGCCUGCAUGUGUUGGUCUCCUCAAAAGGGUUUUGCUAAAUGCUCUUAAAACUAUGUUAAUAAGUCGGUGUCGGUGACUUCCAAAAAAUCUGCUGAUAUUCGUCAUUACAAAGAUAAGACUGUAGUUAUGACUAGGGACUUUAGUUUUUGAUGCAGUUUCAAAGACAGGGUCUUCCUUCCUUUAUAGAUUUGAAUUUGAAUUCAUUAGAAUUAUGAAAGCUGGCUGAUGUGAAUAUGGUUAAAUAGAAUACAGAAGCUGAUAUAAAUAUAUAUAUGAAACUUGAGUUAUCAUUUUGACAAAUUUAAACAUUGAUUUUCAACUCUCAGAUGUGUAGUAAUAUAAUAAUAGUAAUAUAGUGGAAUUUGUUUUAAUUCCUCUUCAUUUUAAAAACUGUCCACUAAAGAGCCACUCAUAUCCAGUGCAAUGUUGUUCAGCAUUGAAUCCACGUUUCCCCUACCAUUAUAACCGGGGGGCCCCCGUGAAAUUACUU